GCACCCUGCCCCACUUCCUUCCUGGAGCCAUAACCUCAGGCUCACCUCCCUGGCAAGGGCCCAGGGCAUGACCUGAAUGUGUCCAGCCUGAGUCACCAGAGGUUGGGAGCGCCCUUAGCCCAGGCCUGUGGUGCCACCUACCUGAGAAGGAAGGGUGAGCCAGCUACUAUGCUAAGUUGCUGGGGCCUCUUGAGAUCUUGAGAACCUCAUCUUUGAGUCCCACCCCAUGGCCCCACCCUUCCGAAGGAGGGAAAAGGCACUGGCAGUCUCUCAGCUCACAGGCACGGGAACCUGGAACUUAGACGGCCAAGCAGACAGGCUGCUACAUAACCACACAACCACUACAGGCUGGGCCAUGGACCCCCAUGAGAUGCUUGUCAAGAACCCAUAUGCCCACAUCAGCAUCCCCCGGGCUCACCUGCGGCCUGAGCUGGGACAACAGUUAGAGGCAGUUCCCUCCCCCACCUCUUCCUCCUUGGAGACGCAGCCUGUGCCCUUGGGACCCUGUACCCUGGAGCCAGCCCACCUCCUGCAGCCCACUGAGGUCCCAGGGUCCAAGGGCACCAAGGGGGCUAUCCCCACCCAGAGCCAGCAGGCCUGGCAGCAAUCCUGUAACCACUCUGACAGUGGGCAGCGCCCACCGGGACUGACCUAUGCUGGCCUGCCACCUGUGGGGCAAGGUGAUGACAUUGCUCACCACUGCUGCUGCUGCCCCUGCUGCCGCUGCUGUCACUGCCCCCGCUUCUGCCGCUGCCAUAGCCGCUGCUGUGUUGUCUCCUAGCCCUGCCAGGCCCAUGACCCAGCUUCUGCUCUAGCCAGGCAGUACCCAGAUGUACAGGUGGCCAUGGUCACAGGCAUCAACUUCUUCCAGCCUGAGAUGGGCACGUACUCACCAAAAAGGCUGCCGGCUCAACCAUGUCUUUGAAACAGAGCCCCAGGCACUAGCUAUGAUGGGACACCCUUGACUACCACCUUUAGGCCAGGCAAUAA